AUGAAGAUCGUCCCUCGACGCAGCCACGAGCGCGGUAACGCCGACCAUGGAUGGCUCAAAACCUUCCAUACGUUCUCCUUCGCAAUGUACAGCGAUCCGCAGCACGACCAUUUUGGCUGCCUUCGCGUGCUGAACGAGGAUCGGGUCGAGCCCCAGACCGGAUUCGGCACGCAUCCGCACCGCGAGUUCGAGAUCUUCUCCUACAUCGUCUCGGGGCAGCUCGAGCAUCAAGACUCGAUGGGCAACCGCGAAAUCCUCAAGCGCGGCAACCUGCAAAUGACAUCUGCCGGUACCGGCAUACGACACAGUGAGAAGUGCUACGGGCCUGAACAAGUGCACUUCCUCCAGAUUUGGAGCAUGCCCUCGACGCGUGGUCUCACGCCAACAUAUUAUACUCGCCACUUCAGCGACGACGAGAAGCACGACAAAUGGGCACUCGUUGUAGCUCCCGCCGAUGCAGCAGAUGUAUCAGAAGCGCGCGACGCCUCUGGACCGGCCCCCGUCCACGCGCCACUCUCCCUCUACGCGACGCUCCUUUCACCAUCCAAGUCGCUCCCGCAUACGUUCCCCACUGCUGGUUCUGGCCUGGCACGGAAGGCGUAUAUCCAUGUCGUGCAGACUUCGGGCUACAACCCAAAGCAAGCGAGUGGUACACACGUCAAGGUCUCCGGCGAUGAGUCUGUCUUGGAGCUCCGUGAAGGCGAUGGAGCGUACAUCAUGGGGGAGCCGGGAAAGGAGAUGGUCGUCGAGAACGUGGGCGGUUCAGUGGCGGAAAUACUGUUGUUUGACGUGGAGUAA